AUGUGUUGUGUGACAUUGCAACGACGUGCAUUGAACGAACUACUUUAUAUUUCACGUCCACCAUUUCUUAUUCCAAUUUUUCGUGCACCAACUACAACAUCAACAACAAUAAGACCAACAACAACAACAAUAGAUACAACAACUACAAGUACAUAUAAAAUCUUAUCAACUAUUUCAAUACAAAAACGUUUAAAAGGUGAUUUUAUUAGUACUACUUUACCUUCAAAUAUGAUUAGUCAACGUAUAUUUGAAAAUCUUGUUUUAACAAAUACGAUUGUGGCUGCAUUUUGUAUUGUUCUUAUGGUAACAAUAACUGGAUUUCUUAUUUUUCUUCUUAUACCAUCAAUUCGACGUCGAUGGUUAAAUAAUGAUAAACCAAAUAAUGAAAGAAAAUUUGAUGAUUUACCAACAUUAAGUCGACAACCAUCAUUUCAUCAUUUUACAUUAGGUCCAUCUCGAUUUAAUCCAAUGUUUGAACCAACAACGGGUACAACUACAACAACAACUCAAUUUGGAACAUUAUUUCAACCUCAUACAACAACAGCUACUUUACUUCAUCCAACCAUUUGGACAUCAAUGUCUCCAACAUCUCUUGUUUCAACUCCUAUUCCAGCUCAACAACAGCAACAACAACAACAACAACUACAACAACAAUUACAACAACAACAUAUAGUAUCAACACCACCAUCAUCUCUAAAAGUAAAACAACCAUCACCAACAUCAACAACUUCAUCAGCUGCAGCAGCACGACCACCAUUACCAUCACAUCCUCCGACAACAAUGCAACGAUCACCAAGAAAACGAUGA